AUGUCUACUCCACAACAGCAGUCUACAAAGGCUGCCAGACGAUCGGGCAAGAAGCCACGUCCAUCGGAACCUCAGGAUGCCGCCCUACCUGUUUCUGCACCCGAAACGCACAACACCCCGCCAAAACAAACAAAGAACAAUCCCAAAGGCCAACCUCGUAGGUCUUCACAUGCCCAGAACUUCAAAAAUCACAUUGAUGGCAACCUCUCGGACCGGGGCAAAUACAACAAUCCUCAUCUAGAGAAGAACAAAGCUACUCCGGUGAAACAGCCUGCCUAUGCCGGUUCUACCUUUCAACAGUCGCCUGCAGCAUCAGCUCUACCAAUGCCCAGCUUCUACUCCAAGUCACUCCCUACCGCUGGCUUUAUUCCACCCCAACCCACCAAAGAACCUUCUCCUCCACUUCCAAGCUCAGCUACGCCUCCGCAUGACUCACCAAGCAAGCGCGAGUCAACUCCUUGCGAUUUCCUUUUCGAAGCAGCCAGACAGGCAAAGGCUACCCCUCGUGGAGACAGUCCUGCAAACUUCCCCGGAAAUCUGUCGGUCCCGACUGGCAGUCCUGCUUCAAGGUCUCCAGGCCCCAAAGAAGGCGAUCAAAUGUUUCCAUUUGAGCUGGAUGGUGCAGCCGCUCCCGGGGAGGAUGGGUUGUCCUUUGCCACUCCGUACAAAGAUCGCAUGGCUGCCCUGAGAUCGACAAGAUCUACUUCUCAAGGCGUCAAGAAUAUGGAUGAGACUGAACGGAAAGCGAAGACCGAAGCACUCAAGAAACUUUUGAUGAAGUCGAGCGGUCAAAAUGGAAACCCAGUGAUAUCUCCUCAAUCCGAUCCCCACAACCCAUUCAACGCAAAGGCUCCACACCCACAGAACAAUUACUCGUUUCAAGGCGCUUCUCUAGUGCGUCCCAAUUCGAAUCCAUCUACUCCUGUUUUCAUGCAGGAACGUAAGGAUUACCAUUCUCAACCGUCAUUUUCUCAAAUUCCUUAUUAUCAUGCUUCCAUCCCAGUACAAACCCCCAAACGCCCUGCUUCUUCCGGAUUGAGGAACGUCUAUGGGGCUCAGAACGAGCCCGAGUAUGCGGAACUGUCCUCGGAUAGCGCUAUUACCCCACCAGCUACUACAACGUGGAAAAAAGCACCUCGAUCAACUCAACAAUUUGGCGCUUUUGUCGGACAACCCUACGCUCCACAGCCACAAAUGCCUACACACCGAAGCAAACCCAGCGCGCAGCAACUGGAGGACGAUUUGAGACGUGUUUUGAAAUUAGAUCUAACAUCUCGAGGAUGA